AUGACCAAGUCAGUGACAGACAAGAGACAGUCUCAGCUGGAGCAGUACCUUCAGAACGUUACUUUGGAUUCAAAUAUUACCAAUAAUGACAUCUUCAUAGAUUUUUUUCGAAAGCUACAGCAGGUAACACUGUGCAAGAUGUCAAGUGAAUUAAUAAAGUAUUUUAGCUUAUUUUUCUUUCAGGAUCAUGAUGACAGAGUUCUCCCUGUUAAGUUUUACAAGAAACUUCAGUUUAACCUUGAUGUUACUAAACAAGCUGUAAGUCAGGGUUUGGUGAAAAAAGUGGAGGACUUCGAUCUUCCUUAUGUGAGUCUUCAGAGCAUGAAGGACUUGCAAUGUAAGCUUGAGAUCAGAAAGCGGUAUGUGGAUCCUUCUCUUGAUAUACUGCUUAUGGACUGUAGAGCUUCACUGAACUUGCUAUAUAUGCAGGCAAUCCAGGAAGUUGAGAGGAAUUGGGUUAAACCCACAGAAGAGCAGAUGUAGGAACUUGAAUUUCCACAAAAAAAUGCAAACAAAGUAAAGUUCCUGGAGCAGAUUUGAGAAAUACAGUUCUGUGGAUACAUACAGCUUGAUCCUUGUAUUUGUGACUAUCCAGAAGAAGGCUGCUCAGGUGACAUCCAUGUCGGCAAGGAUAAGAUUAACUGCUGCAUAACACUGUCUACUCACCAAAUCAAAGAGGUUAGUUUUAAAAUCAACAGGUUAAGAAGCUGGCAGGUUACUUUUUGUGAUAGCAAAGAAGACACACUGAAGCCUAGAUUUGAGUACAAUGACUCAGGCACAUGGCAGUGGAUAAUUUUGUACACAAAACAGCCCUUUGCACUCAGUAGCUGCUUGAAGAAAAUGGUAUCAGAACAGAUGAUGAAGGCAGCCAAAGGCCAAGAAACAGUAAGCAUAUGCCUGAAUCAAUGAAAAAAAAGAAAUAAGAAAUUCAGCAUCCAACAAAAGCAGGUAGUUCAUUUGGGUUUUAUAUCAAGGAAAAGAUGUUUGGUUAGAUCAAAUGAAGGAGACUGUGUAUUUGGGAAAAUAAGAGAAGAAGACCUGUGAUAAUUUAUUUUAGAUACUGUCUUUCAAAAUGAGUUGUCUGGAAAUAAUAAACCCCUUGCUGAAGAAUUGAAUUA